GAGUUGCUGUUUUUUCUUUGAACACGGUGAAGACUUUAGCUUGGAACUUGCAUUUGUGGAGCUCCCAGCCGGCAGGAACCAGCUCUCUCUCCUGCCCCCAGGAGUGGGCAUCGCUCUGCUGCCUUCUGCUUCGGGCUGGCAGCUUCAGGGGCAGGGGCAGGGCCAGGAGGCAUGGGGGGACCUUCGGCUGCCUUCCUGUCCCUUGUGCCCCCUUCGCCUGUUCUCUCUCUCUCUCUUUGCUCGCCUGGGGGCUUGCGCUAACGCCGUCCGUGCCAGGAGGCACCCGGGAGCCAUCCCUGGGCUCCACACUUGGCUUCCACCUGCUCACAGCCUCCAGAAGUUUGCUCUCCGUCCCAGGUGCUGGGAGAAGAAAGGCAGCAGGUGGCUCGAAGGUGCCCAGCCCUGGUAUAUGAGGGGUAGGCAGGGGCAGGAGAAGCUUUCCUCCUGCCUUCCCCAGAGAGCUGGGAUCGUGCAGAGACCAUGAACGAGUCCUUUUUCAACCAGACUCUCCUAGAGCAGGGAGCUUACCCCAACAGGACCCAGGGCUUGGGGAUGCUCAUGGCCUGCUGCAACGGGACCGGCGCGGUGCUGGCGAGCGACGGCGGCUCCUCGGUCCUGGCAGCCGACGAGAGGAGCCUCUACAUCACCAGGGUGGUGCAGAUCGCUGUGCUCUGCGUCCUCUCCUUGACUGUCAUCUUCGGCAUCUUCUUUUUGGGCUGCAACUUGCUCAUCAAGUCGGAGAGCAUGAUUAACUUUCUGGUGAAGGACCGACGACCCUCCAAGGAUGUGGGAGCUGCAAUCAUGGGACUGUACUGAAGCCAGCAGGCUCCCCUAGGCAAGUGAACUGUCUGCCCCUGGCGCUGAGAUGCACAUUCCCACACGUGUUUGGGGCAGCUGUGGGGGGAGUGAUAAGGGGAGGGGGAGGGAAGGGGGUGGGGGUGUCUUUUAACGUGUCUGUGUCCGUGGGAAAGCCAAACCGUGCUUCCCAGGCAACCAACUGUGGUGGUGAGUGGGGAGAUCUCCCCUAGAGGUACCUGAAGCACAAUAAGCCACCAGCACCGUGUUGCAUGCUGAAAUGGGCUUAAGUUUUGCAUGAAACUUGCAGAAGCAGUGAUAAUGUGCAGCUCUGGACUCCUCUCUGUUACCUUGGAUACUGCUACCUGGGAUUUAGGGCUUAAAAAAAAAAACAACAAAAAAAAAAGGCCAAAAAAAAAAAAAAAGGCAAAAAAUUGAGUAGGAAAGGCAAAGGAACCCCCAAAACUGAGGGGAAAGCAAAAUGCAUGGCAUGGACCCACAGCUCCACAUCUCCCACCCAGGGGCAGGGGAAGGGAAGCGCCGUGGGGGUGGUACCACAAAGUCUCUGUGCUCCAAAAUGUGUCUGCUUGUGUUUGGGACCCCAAGCAUGCAGCUUCUGGUGGUUUUGUAACGGGCAAAGCAUGCUCUGCCUUGUUCUGCUGAGCUCUCCUGUGGAAUAAAUUGGUGCUUCCUUCUUCCAUGCUGUGCUGAAGGGAGGCAAGAACCCAGAGAAACGCUCCAGCCCCGACCCCAAAACACUCCAACCCCAAAGCAUGUCCUGCCUUGUUCUGCUGAGCUCUCCUGUGGAAUAAAUUGGUGCUUCCUUCUUCCACUCUGUGCUGAAGGGAGGCAAGAACCCAGAGAAACGCUCCAGCCCCGACCCCAAAACACUCCAACCCCAAAGCAUGUCCUGCCUUGUUCUGCUGAGCUCUCCUGUGGAAUAAAUUGGUGCUUCCUUCUUCCACUCUGUGCUGAAGGGAGGCAAGAACCCAGAGAAACGCUCCAGCCCCAACCCCAAAACACUCCAACCCCAAAGCAUGUCCUGCCUUGUUCUGCUGAGCUCUCCUGUGGAAUAAAUUGGUGCUUCCUUCUUCCAUGCUGUGCUGAAGGGAGGCAAGAACCCAGAGAAACGCUCCAGCCCCGACCCCAAAACACUCCAACCCCAAAGCAUGCUUAAAGUCAGCAGCCUUUCUCCCAAGUGCUUUAUUGUUGCAGUCCUUGAGGGGUGGGUUGGUUUUUUUUUCUGGUUUGUUGGGUUUUUUUUGGUAGCUCUUUUGAAAACUGAAGGGUAUGUAUAAAAAAAAAAGAGAACCUGGUUCAAGA